AAUGGUCGUCGUCCUGACAUUACUCGGCAGAUUCCUCUAACGGGAGGUGCAAUGAAGGCGGGGGCAUCGUCCAUGUGGGCGUCAUGCUGUGGGCUGCUGAACGAGGUGAUGGGCACGGGCACGGUGCGGGCGCAGCAGCCGGGGUUCGGAGCAGGGGCGGGGCCCUUCCGCUUCGCCCCCAGCGCUGGGUACUCCACCUACCCCCCCACCAGCUCAGGGAGCGCCGGACAGCUAUGCAAGGCCUGCGGACUGGCCUUCUCUGUCUUCAGACGCAAGCACAUCUGCUGUGAUUGUAAGAAGAGUUUCUGCGCCCUGUGCUCAGUGCUUCAGGAGAACCUGCGCUGCUGCACGACCUGCCACCUGCUGCGCGGUACGGCCUUCCAGAGGCCCCGGCUCAUGCAGCUCCGAGUGAAAGACCUGCGCCAGUACCUGCUGCUGCGCAACAUCCCCACUGACACAUGCAGGGAGAAAGAGGACCUGGUGGACCUGGUGCUCUGUCAUCAGGGGACAAGGGAAACAGCGAGGCCAGUGGUGGAAGAGGACGAGGAGGAAGAAGAGGAGGAGGAAGACGACGAGGACACACGUGAGGAGGAGGAGGAGGAGGAGGAGGAGGAAGAUGAAGGGGGAGAUGACACAGACAGUCUGCACUCGCUCCCCCACUCGCGUGCCGCCUCACCCCCCUCCGCCACACGCUCCACCUCUGAACAGUCGGUCCUCUCCGCCUCUCAGGGAGACGUGCUCAGCCCAAGUGACAGCUCAGGGACCACCAGCCAGGAGCAGGAAGAUACUCCAACAGCAUCUCUUUUGAACCUGGAGCCCACUGAAAAUUUCAUGGAGGUCAGUCCAGCGACACAGAGGAGGAUCAGGGCCUCGCUGUCUGAUCUGGACAAUGAAGAGGCGAUAGAAAACCUCUCCGUCCGCCAGCUGAAAGAGAUUCUUGCCAGGAACUUUGUCAAUUACUCUGGCUGCUGCGAGAAGUGGGAGCUGCUGGAGCGAGUGCAUCGACUCUACAGAGAAAAUGAGCAGAACAGGAAAUCCAUGGAAAACGUGAGCAUAACUGCAGUGGUUGCAUAUCCUCCACCUCUCUGCAACAGUGGAGUUGGAGAUGGUGUCAAAGCUCAGCUGGCGGCUGAUGAAAACUUGUGUCGCAUCUGCAUGGACGCCAUCAUCGACUGUGUGCUGCUGGAAUGUGGUCACAUGGUAACCUGCACCAAAUGUGGAAAGAGAAUGAGCGAGUGCCCCAUCUGCAGGCAGUACGUAGUGCGGGCCGUGCACGUUUUCAAGUCUUAAAACUCUGUGUGUGCGUGUCAGAGCAGCCCUGAGGCGUGCACGCGGCCCGAGCCCUGAAUUUAUCACUGAGGAUGAACUGCUGUGCAUGACGUCUCGCAGGGCCUAACACUGCAGCAGGCGCCAGCAACUUCCCGUUCUUUGAAACCAGACUGUUGCCUCUGGCCUACCACGGUUUGUUUUCUCCCCUUACUAACUCAUGCUCCAGUCCCACUUCUCCUCCCCAGUGGACCGUCAGCAGCUGCACCGGGACACUCACUCUUUCUCUCUUUGGUCUGUUACACACACAGCAGAAACCCCCGCCAUCACUUCCUACUCUCUGUUCUCUGUUUAGAUUUUACUCACAGGAGAGGGGGAGAGGAGAGGAUGCGGUCCCGCGGAUACUUGAAGUAGAUCGGGUUGUUCUGUGUGGUGAGGAGAAGCAGAAAAAUUUAAGAUCCCAGGGUUAGAGUCAGUAUGGUUUACACAGUCAUGCCACAUGACGCCGUGUUAUAUCCCUCAGUGUUCUUUUAGGAUGUGCAAUAUCAGAAAAAAAGAGAUGUGUUUUUAUUAAAUGUCUAUUUGUUAAUCCAAACACAACAUGCACCGGGUCAUCUCACACAUGGUGCCAAACGUCAUGCCUUCUGAUCGAUAUUUGGUUACAAUUUCAUGGUUUAUGCAUCUCACAACCAGCAAGCUUGGUGUGAUAGUUUACUUUUUUUUCUUAAAUGAAGUGUGUAGAGGUAAACAUGUGAACACUUUGCUGUGUGAAGGAUGUGAUUGUUUCCCAUCUAAAAUUGAAGUGGCAAUCUCGAAGAUUUCCAUCAUGGUUGAUUUGGCAACACCUGUAGUUACUGGUGCUAACAGCAAAUGCAGUUUAAUAUUGUCAUGUCACAGACUUUUGGGGGCAGCAAACUAAUUAUUGUUUAAAUUAAGAAGUCAGGCAAUAACUCGCCUUUUUCAAAUCAUUCUAUGAGCAGCUGGUAAUCUGAUUUUAGUCCUCCAACCCAUACGACUACAUCGUAUGUUCCUUUGUACUGUCUAAAGCUGGGUUUACACUGGACGCAGAGCACCCUGAUAUGUUAAUUGUCAGCCACCUGGCCGUUCACAACAGGAGUGCAUUCCUUUUGCGCCGGUCAGCAGUGAUUCCCCUUCUCUGCUCCUUUCUAAUCAAACGGAGAGCUCUGUCUCUGCUUGCCUCUGUGUCUCUAGGCGGGUUUCCAUUAACCUUCAAAUUGCACAAAUUGAAAUUGCGAAUAUAAAGUAUGCCUAAUGCUAACAUGUUAAUUUCCCCUUUAUUGCAAAAAGUUUUUCUGCAUGAAUGCAGUGGUAUUUCAGGAGAAAAACAAAACUGCAAAAGAAAUACUUUUUCACUUUUAUAAGUCACAUAAUGUUCUGGCCAUGCAUUUGUUAGUGGGAACUGGCUCCCUCAUGCAUGAUGCAGCAGACGCUACAAGAGGUGUUUCUGCAAGUUGAGCAGAUCAUGUGGAAAUUUUAAACCCAGAGUUUCUCUGUGAAAUUGUGGACUAUCACCUCCCGAAAUCCCUCAUGUAUAACAGGCUUACCUUUCCAUUAUCACUGGCAUA